UGAUGAUAACUAAUGUAUGAAUUAGUGAGACUAUAAUUUAUGGACGACCUUUGAACAAAUUUUAAGUGACCUUGAGAAUACCAGUCAAUCAGCAAACAGUCAGUGUAGAGUAGAAAUAUGUUAUACAAAACCAAGGAAAUAAAGUGGAUACACUUAUUCGUGGUUCAGAAACUCGUCGAGGUCUAACUGUUUAAAUAUGGAUACGUCAAUGGAAGAUUUGUUUUCCGAUUUUGAUAAAUCUACUGUUUUAGUUGAGACAGAUACAAAGAAAAAUAAUACAGAAAAGCAUGACUUAAUGGUACUUGCUACUGAAACAAUAGGCAAUGAAACUAUACGUAUUGAAGGUGUUCACCAAGCCUCUACUCAAAGUCUAUGCUUAACCAUUGAAUUACAUGAAAACUCUUUGUUGUCUAGUUGCAUUAAUUUGGAAAUUCCAUAUCAGUAUCCCUCAUCGAGCAAAAAUUUGUCAGAGACGAAGAAUAUACCAGUUCAUAUCUGUACUCUUUGUGAUAAAAAUCACUUUAUGAAUAUAAUUACUUAUCCACAACAUCAAACGUCGACAUUAUUUGCUGAUUUAUCCUUCACAUCGUCAUCAUCCUCAUCAAUAUUCACCUGUUCUAAACGUUUUAUUAAUAUUCUUUGUGAUAUUGAAGAUGAAGAUAUUAGAUGCGAUCCUGAUCUGGUUCGAUUAUGUAGCCUUCCAAAUGGACUAGUCUAUGCUGUUUGGUAUACACCUAUGAAUAAAAAACUUCAUUGUUCAGUUGCAUUUCCAUUGUCAUGUUGUAAGCCAAUCGUGACUUGGGCUUUUAUUCGUAAUCCUGCAGCUAAUUCUACACUGUCUCGUAUAAUUGACAAUACAUUAGCAGAUAAUCGUUGUACUCAAAUCGAAAACAAUACUGUGAAUGAUCUGCUUAUUGGUUUAACAAAAGAUGGUGAAGGUGUAGGUGUUUGGUUCGAUUCAUCAGAUGUUUGUAACAAAAAAGUUUUAAACGUCACUGAAUUCAGUUUACCCCAAUCACCUGAUCCAAUUACAAAAUGUCGUGCACAAGGUUCAUGGCUCCAUGUGAUCACUCAAAGUGGACAUUUAACGUCAGUACAUUUCAGUUUACAAUUAAAACAAUGUAAUGACAAUAAUAAUAGUGAAUCAACGAAAUGGAAUUUGUUAUGUCAACCAACUAAUUUUCCUCGAUUACCUAUUCAUUUAUCACCUGUGAAUAAUAUUGAGCAAUGGAUAAAAUCGUGCCCAAGAUGGCGUAAUCUUAAUGUUUGCGACUUUACUCGUUUGGCUGAUGGUCAUUUGGGUAGUGUUGAUUCACAAGGUUGCAAGACACGUCUAGUUGAUCUAUUAUCAUCUAAGUCAGAAAUUGAUGCUCCUGUUAAUUAUACAGAACAACAAUUGAAUCAAACAUUCAUGAAAUUAAUCAAGACAAAAUAUCAAAUGAAAAGUUAUUUAGCAUGUCUACUUCUACUAAACCGUUUGAGUAAUUUUAAAGUGAAUACAGACAAAAAUGAUGGGUCUCAGUUCCCUUUAGAUUGUAAAAUCUAUUUGACAUCAUGUCAUGCAGAUCGUGAGUCAGGAAACCAAUCACCUUUGGAAUUGAUUGUUGAUAUCACAGUCCAGAAUACAAAAACUGAUGACAAUCUAGGAGAGAAUAUUAAUGAAUUAUUAUUUCAUUCCGAUUUAAACAAAAUUAGUCUAAAUAAUCUGGCACAAAUUAUAUUAUUCAAAUCGUACAUGAAUAAUACAAAGAAUUAUAUCAUAUCUGAUUAUCUUGAGAAAUAUUUGUACAUUGUUAUCAAAAUGGAAGCUGUUAAAGCAGACUGUGAAUCGUCAUCGUUAUCAUCAUCACCAUCAUCAUCGAAUAUGAAGGAUUUAAUCACAGAUACCGAUAAGAACGUGGUCAACAAUCAUCAUUCACUUGUUUACACGUAUAGAGAAUUGUGGUUUUCAUCACCGAUAAAUGUCAAUAGUGAUAAUUCGAAAUUACGACGUUGUAUCAUUCCAUCAACAAAUUGGUUACAAAUAUUUCAUAUAACUGAAUUGAAUAAUUCUUCAAUUUUUCAACAAAAUCUAUUGCCUACUACUACUACUACUACUACUAAUACAAACAGAAUAUUCUCAAUUGACGAUAGUACACUUCAAGUAAAUAUUCAAUUAGAAUUUCAACCACCAAUAAUACCACAAUAUUUAAAUUGUUUCAAUCAAAACUUAUUUGAAAAUGUAAAAAAAUUGAAUUAUUCACCAAUUUUUGUAAACAUUGGUCAUUGUUACCUUGAUUGUAUACAUUUUCUAAAUCAAAUAAAAACAAAUUCAUUAUUGAAUAAUGUUAAUGUAAAUGAUAAUCCAAUGAAGUUAAUUCAUACAAUGCAUAUUAAUAUUAAUGAAUCAGUAUUUCAAUCCAUUAUAUCAGAUAUUUUCAAAAAUUCCAUAUCAUGUUCAAGUAAUCAUCAUGAGAAUUUCCUUAAAUUAAUAGUAAAAAAUAAUCAUAGUAAUAAUAGUCAAUUAUUUUAUUAUUGUUUAACAAAUCAAUCUGUCAAAUGUGAAUGGUCUUUAAAUUUAGAUCCAUUUAAUUUUAAACAAGAGAACAAGAAAGAAGAAGAGAUAAAUAAUAUAGACAACAACAAUUACAAUUCCAAUAUCUGGUGUUUUACAAUAUCAUCUGUUUGUUUACAAACAUUAUGGUCUAUUUAUAGAGCUAUUGAGUUACGUCAGAAAAUAUCAUUACAGAAGAAUAAUUCGAUAGAAACUUUCAAACGUCCUACUGUUGAACAGCUUAGACUAGAAUGUUCUAUCUUAAAGAAAUUACUAACUUCCCUACACGAUAUUCGAGAAAGAAUUGGUAAUAAGGAUAAUAAUAACAUCAACGAUAACUACUUAACAGAGAAUUUAUUAUCGGAACCAAAGUGUAUGCUGAAUUUUCUUUUAGACUCUUAUUGUGUCAUUCGAAAAACAGCAAUGUCAUCAUGUUUAUUUUAUCAAUGAUGAUGACUGUGUAUAUUAUGUUGUAUAUAUUUAUCUAAUCAAAAUAAAU